UUCAACGUGGAGUUGAACAGAAUUUGGAGGGAAAUCACGGGAUCGUCUCUCCCUUUUUCUCUCGGUGGUUCGAAUAUGAUUAUAUUUUAUUCCCUUUUCAGGUAAUUUAAAAAUGCAUUUCUGAAGCUGAAGAACAUUACACAUGGCGUUGAUUUCGAUGCGGAAUGUUCUACAAAAACAUACCCCAGGUCAUAAUCCAACAGAUUAUGGUGAAUACCCAAUGUUUGUCGUAGCGCACCGUCCUCCGACUGGUCGGCAGUUUCCCUCUUCCUAUACUGGAUUUGAAGGCCGGUAAACUAAACUGCUGAGGGACGACUCGAAGGAACGGAGAGAUGUUUGAGGUUGACGUUUUGGUGAAUUGGAGGAGGCAUGAGAAAUGGUCUGCCAUUGUGCUUUUGCUUGUGUCUGCCAUGUUUUUUCAUGUAAGAGCAUUUGUUGGGAUAAAUAUUGGGACUCAUGUAUCCAAUCUUCCACCUGCUUCAAAGGUGGUUUCAAUGCUCGAACUCUACAAAAUAACUCAUGUUCGACUCUACGAUGCUGAUGCGCAAUUACUCAAAGCCUUGGCAAACAGUAGCAUUGAAGUAAUGGUUGGUGUUACAAAUGAGGAGGUUCUAAAACUUGGAAAGUCUCCAUCAGCGGCUGCAGCUUGGAUUAACAAAAAUGUUGCACUUUAUAUACCUGCAACCAAUAUAACAGCCAUUGCUGUAGGCAGUGAGGUUCUUACGUCUUUCCCCAAUGCAGGCCCGUUCUUGAUCCGUGCCAUGAAAUACCUUCAUAAAGCUCUUGUGGCAGCGAACCUAAAUCUUCAAGUCAAAGUUUCAACUCCUCAGUCUAUGGAUGUCGUUGUUACGUCGUUUCCUCCUUCCACAGCCACAUUCAAUUCUUCAUUGAAUUCCACCAUUUACCCACUCCUUCAGUUUUUGAAGAACACCAAGUCAUAUUAUAUGUUGAAUGUUUAUCCUUAUUAUGGAUACAUGAAAGGAAACGGGAUUUUCCCACUAGAUUAUGCUCUUUUCCGGCCGUUGUCUAUUAACCGGCGGAUUGUUGACCCGAACACACUCCUCCACUAUACCAACAUGUUUGAUGCCAUGUUGGAUGCAACCUAUCAUUCAGUAAAAUCUCUCAACUUUUCUGGUAUCCCCAUUAUGGUGACUGAAUCUGGCUGGCCUUGGUCUGGUGGAGCCAAUGAAACUUAUGCAACCAAGAAAAAUGCUGAGAUAUAUGUGAACAAUCUGCUCGGUAGGGUUUUGAAUGGCUCCGGUCCACCUAGCGAGCCAACUAAUCCUGUUAACGCCUACGUAUAUGAGUUGUUCAGUGAAGACCAGAAGCCUGGGCCUAUGUCAGAGAAUAACUGGGGAGUUCUUUCCACCAACGGUUCUGCUAUAUAUCGUUUGAGUUUGAUAUCCAGCAGUGUCACUGGGAGUUCUUCUAUUGUUUACUGUGUGGCUAAAGAUGGUGCAGAUCCUGGUAAGUUGCAAAGUGGUCUGAACUGGGCUUGUGGGCAGGGUGGAGCCAAUUGUUCUGCUAUUCAACCAGGGCAACCGUGUUUUCUUCCCGAUAACGUCGUAAACCAUGCUUCUUAUGCUUAUAAUGACUACUAUCAGAAAAUGCAAGGCCAUGGCGGAACAUGUGACUUUGAAGGCACAGCAACAUUAACUAAUACUAAUCCAAGUCAUGGCUCCUGUGUAUACAUAGGAAGCGCUAAUGCAGGCGGUGGUAAUACAGAUGGCGGGGCGUCGGUCCCAGCGCCUUCACUGAGCCCGGGACCCUUCAGCAAUUUUCCCAGUUCAAGUUCAAAACUUGAAGCCCAGCUAUUUCCCUUCUUGUUGUCGUCCAUGCUUUUGUCUGCUUCCUUUCUGCUUUGACUUCAACUUAAUGUA